UUUUUUGUAGUUAGAGAAGACGGGAGUCUUACCAUCUCUGUCUGAGCUAUUCAAGAUGACUCACGCCACAUCCGACUGAGUUUUUGUGGAUCCUGCAUUUGAGAAACUCUUCCAUGUAGUGGCUGCUCGGAUUGAAGAACGGGAGACGCAACUAACCCAGCAGUCUCCCGAUGGAUUACCCUUCACAUUGACCACCGAAGAGGCCGACAGAAUCUUCGAAGAGAUACAACUUAAAAUUUUUGUUUACGUUAUUUUUAAUAUUUUAACAUAACUAACUAUAUUAAUAUAUGUUUUAAUUUUAUAGGUGACUCCUAAAAAGAAGGGACGAAUAGUCGGCAUAGGCUCUGUUAACAAAGUUGAAAGGAAAACUUCGUCAUACACUUCGAGACGGGAUGAAGAGACUUCUUAGAUGAAAGCUCGAAUGUAUAGCCAGCAGGUUCGUUUAGACUCUCUUGAGGAUCUUCUAGACGUGAUGGCGGUGGGAAACCCGACUAUGCAUAGAAUGUUGAGUGAGAGACGAGCCGCUCUUUGGUUGCCAUCACGAAAUCCCGAAGAGUCCGAUCCAAACCGUCAACAGCAGAGCAACCCCUCCGACUACUUCGACAAUAUGUAGUUUUUUUUAGAUAUUUCUUUUUGUAUUAUGAAUUUAAAUAUUGUAUGACUUUUAAAUGCUUUUUUAAAAUUGUUUUUCAUUUUCAUAUUUCGUUUUAAAUUUUGAAUAUUAAAUAUAAAUUCAAAUUUAUUAUAUACUAAUAAUAAUAUAAUAAGAAUCGAUGUAAACUCCCCGUAAACAUUACAUGGAGUUUACAUCGAAUGUUUACGAGUGAUUAACAUCGAAAGAUUUACGAGAGUUUUACAUCGAAAUAUUUAUGUGUUCUUUACAACGAAAAUGUUUACGUGUGCUUUACAUUGAAAUCGUUACGUGGGCUUUACGACGAAGUCUUACGUGUCGUUUACGACGAAUACUUUCCCUGCGCUUUACGAGAAAUAUAUUUCGUCGUAAACAUAACGAGUCGUUUACGACGAAACCUCCAUUACGACGGUCGUUUAACAACGAAACGUCUUUCGAGGUUAAUUCGUCGUAACACCCCGUUUACGACGAAUUUACAACGAACACUGCCCUCGUAAAAAAUAUAUUUUCUUAAAAAGUGAUUUGUGAUUUGUCAAAAUUAUGGAAACUUUGUAAUUUUCAUCAAUUUUUUUUGCAUCUAUGUAAAACAAAGUGGUAGACAAAAUAAAAUAAAUGUAAUGAAAUAAUUUUUUUUCAUUAAUCUUCAGCUUUUUAUUAAUCCCAAAUUAUGUCAUAAAAAGACUUUUGGAAACUUAGGAAUGUAUAGAAUUAUAACAAUAUCUCAAAACUCUCCUAAGAUUAUAUAAUAUUAAGACUUUUAAUUUUUAAACUAUUUAAAGUUAAAAAAGUUACUUUUAAUAGUUAUAAUUUAUUUUUUUAAAUUACAAAAUUAUAAUGCAUGCAUAAUUUUUAUACAAUGUUUAUAGUCGUGAAAUCGCUGACGUGUAAAUAUCUAACAAUUUCUAUGGAUAUAUAUACGGUAACCUUAUAUGGAUGGAUAUAUUUAAUGUUACAAACUCUGAAUCUUUUAUGUAAAUAUCUAAGGAAUAAUGACCUGAAACCCUAGUUGGGAAAACAUUUUAAGUUAAGUAGUCAAUCUAAAAGCAAAAGACCCCUAUGGCGAACAAGGAGAACCUUCCAUGGGAUUUGAUUGUAGAGAUCCUCUCUCAUGUCCCUCCUAAAUCUCUUGUCCGAUUCAGAACCGUAUCUAAGCAAUGGAACACUCUUAUCAACGACAAGGCCUUCAUCAACAACAACAAGACGACGUCUCAAUUCUUCUUAGCAACCAAAUCCAAGAUUUAUGGAAUAAGAGUUAAUCCAAAGAUAGAGGUCAGUGAGUUAACAUUAGAUAUUCCCGCUUUAGAAUAUCUGUUACCUAGGCAUUUGAUCAAUUGCGAAGGGCUUUUGCUAUGUUCAAUGGGUAAAGGAGCUGUGGUUUGGAACCCGUAUUUAGGACAGACUAGAUGGAUCGAGCCCGAGAGUAACCACCCUCUCAUUAAAUUUUAUGGCAUAGGUUAUGAUUAUGAUAAUCGUUACAAGACCCUUGCAUCUUAUAAGAAGUACUGGGCUACCAAGACAUCUUGGAAAACCCAUGACUUUUCGUCUGAUGCAUGGAAGGACCUACACACUAUGGUCAUGAAAUCUGAUAGUAGUACUCAUCAGAAAGGAGGAUCUAUUACAUUUCACACCACAUGUGGUUUAUCGUUGAAUGGAACUUGGUAUCGGAUUGCUUCUUAUGACAAAGCAAAGUACUUGUUCUUCCUAAUUAACUUUGAUUUUUCGAUCCAAGCAUUCUACAAAUUCUGUGAUCUACCUUGUGAAGAUAAUCAUCAUCAGGAUACUCUUGUUAUUGGGGCUUUCAAAGGAGAUCGGUUUUCAUUGUUAAAGCAAUCCCAUCUAACAAAGAAGAUUCAGAUUUGGCUGACCACGAACAAGAUUCAUAAAAAGGGUGGUGCAGAUGUGGAGUGGAUGAAUUUCAUGGAAGUGUCAGCUCCUAACUUACCAACUCUAGUACAGACUAGAUCCUACUCGCAGCCAAGUUUCUUCAUCGAUGAUAAAAGACUUGUAGUGUGUUCUUGUGACGAAACUGGUCGGGCUUGGAUCUAUGUUGUGGGGAACAAUAACUUGAUCAGAAAAAUAAAAAUAGAUCUUGUUGUAGAUCCUUGGCCUUUGCAUUGUUCCUUUACUCCUAGUUUGAUCUCGGUUCCUCGAGGUCAAGAAGGAGAAGCAAAAUUACAACUUUAAUCUCACUUACCUUCUGCUUCUUUGUUUGCUUCUUGAAGAAGCUUCAGUUGAUUUGGAUUUUUGUGUUCAUUAACAAACCAUCUUCUCUGUUCUAAUUUUACUGUUUUUUUCCUUUUUGUUUUGACUUUUUUUUUUAAACUUGAACAAUUUCUAUUAGAAUAUUUUGGAGCAAACAAGAUACUGUUUAGGGGAUUCAGUUUAACUCUUGUGGUUUUGACUCUGAUCUGUAAUCACUAAGUUAGCUUUUACUUGUUGAGAUUUUGAAACGGAGGAGCGUUUUUACAAGUUCGGGAAACAUGCACAUUCUACUUACUAGCAUUAAAACACCACCAUGUUCUCACGCGAGGUAUUUUAUAGUCUACAAAAGCUCUGUCAGAGACAGAUUCUCUUUGCCUUUUUUAAAGGUACCUUCGCAAUUGUAAAUGUUGACAUGAAGCAGAAUUAAGCUGUUAGAUUUGAGAAUUAAGCUGACUUGAAAACACUUAUAAGCUUUUAUAAGGUUUUAUAAGGUUUUAUAAGGAUCACCAGAUUUGAGUAAAGCACCAGACUUGAGUAUAGAAUCAGAAGCACCAGAUUUGAGAAGCAAAGAAAAAGAAGAAGAAGAGAGAAAAUGACCGUUGAAGAUCCUUUUUAAACAAUCAAUAUUUUAUUGUAUUAUGUACUGAUACAACUUGGUCUUUAAAUUCUUGUAUUCAGAUCCACAAUUAAAAGUUUAAAGGAAUAGAGUUUCUCUCAGAUCUACUUUCUCUCUCUCUUUGUUCUUCAAUGUUCUUCAUCUAAAUCUCUUUAUCCUCACAUUCUUUCAUGGUAUCAGAGCAAGUAAGCUCCUGAGAUUCAUUCUUCUCUACUCUAUUCUCUUUACUUCCGCAAAUCUCUGAUUUUCCCUUUCUAUUUUUGGUAAAGUUCUUCCUAUUCUUGAGAUGUUCUUCAUUCCCAUAAAAAAAAAAAUGGAAAACUCUUGCACUGAUGUCUUUAAAUCUGUGUCUAUUCCGGUUACCCUCAAGGGAACCAACUACUUACUUUGGUCUAGACUUGUCAAAAUCGCUCUUGGAGGCAGAGGUCUUUGAAAGUAUGUUGUUGACGGCGAAGACACCAAGAAGAUCAUCCUAGGAGAGGAUGGUAAAGAAGUUGGUGCUGCGGCUGAAGGAGGUGGGAAGAGAAGUCAGAAGGAUCUCAUGGUCCUUUCCAUCAUUCAGAAUAGUCUUGAAACCUCUAUCUUGGAAGCUUACUCCUACUGUGAAACUUCCAAGGAGCUGUGGGAUACUCUUCAGAAGGUAUAUGGCAAUAUAUCUAACAUCAGUAGGGUGUUUGAAGUCAAGAGGGCUAUCAACAUUCUCAGUCAAGAGGACACUGAAUUUUCCAAGCAUUUUGGGAAGU